AUGGGGCUGAAGCUGACCUGCCUGAAAGCACCUGGAACAAUGCCCAGCACACAGUAGGUGCACAGUAGAUGCCUGUGGACUGAGCAUCUCCCCUGGGCCUGGCUCUGUGCUGCGGGCUUUAUCCGUGCGCUGCAGGGGAAAGGAAGCAUCCCCUCACCCUGCAGGCUUAAAAAUGUGUGUCAGCGGCAGCCAUGAUGAGGCCCCCGUCCUGAGCGACAGGCGCCUGGAUGUGCCCUACAUCAUCGUCACCCCGCCGACCCCCACGGGCGCGAUCCUGCCGAGGGACUCUCGGAGGGCAGUCUGGCUGGAGGAGACGGGGUCGUGCCCGGAGGAUGGAGAAACAGAGCCUGAGGCCUGAGGAGAAGGCACGCGUGCGUCGGGGAUUUGCCUGCACUGGCUCCGGCUCUGGCUGCCCUUUGCUUGGCAUGUCCCGGGGUGCCUGGGACAGAUGUGCUGAGAACGCCGGCUCGGAAGACAGAGCGAUUCCGGCACUGGACCAGCAGAGGCGUGGCGAGAGGAGCGAGGGAUCGGCCCUGCCCUCGUCCAGAACGACAUUUCCCAAGCCUCGUUGAGUGGACCGGACCUCUGAUGCCUACAUAUUCUUGCCGACCCCGGGGCACAGAGACGGCCAUCGGUACCGGGGAGAGGGUUUCUUCUAGACAGACUCCCAGCGGCCUGGGCCACACAGACGGGUGCCCAGGAGGGCCGCACAUACAAGGACUUCUUGCAAAGGGCCGGCUUCGUUUUUUACGAGUUGUCUUACAGACAUUGAAACAGUCCAAAAAGUGAUUUAUAAUUUCUUUUUUGCACUGUAAGUAAAGAUCCCGUGUAACGAGCAGUGGACCCUGCUUCUUGGGCGGGCAGAGAAGGUGGUGCACCCCCGGGUACACAGGUAGGCUUCAGAGAAUCGCUUAUCGUGGAGGGGCUGGUCCAGCUGGUGAUGGGUCUUUGGAUGGUCUUGGCCCCUUGAUUUGCAGAGUGUCCUGUGCCUCCUCAUUCUCUGGCCAGCAGCUCCCCGAGUGCGUUCUUGGGACAGACACACAGAGCACAAACCAGGCCGUGCGAGAGCAUUCUCAGCUUCAGCCUGUGGGCCAAGCAGGUCACACGGCCAAACCCCACGUGGGUGAGCUGGGUGGUCCCAUGGCACAGGAAGGGAUGGACAUGUCUAUUAAAGGGAGUGAGAGACGGGCUGGGAAUAAUAAUCCAGUCUCCCGGUGUAGACACUAUUAUUAUCCCCAUUUUACAGAUGGGGCACUUGAGGAAUUUAGAGGCUUAGAUCCCUUGCACAAGGCCAUCAGAUAGUCAGAAUUUGAACCCAGACCCCACACUCUUUUCUUUUUUAAUAUAAAUUUAUUUAUUUAUUUAUUUUUGGCUGCGUUUGGGUCUUCAUUGCUGCACACGGGCUUUCUCUAGUUGCGGCGAGUAAGGGCUACUCU